AGUCAGUCAGUGAGUGAGCUGCCGCCGGUGUGUGAUGAUCCCAGGGCCCUGGCUGCUGGCACUCUCGCUCAUCCUCUGGAGGUGAACUUGGAAAGUUAAAGUGAACUAUAUAUCCGUGUGAGUGUGCGCGUGGGGGGCCGAGGAGAGCAACAACUGCAGGUGUAAUCCCCCUGCUGACCGCCUCAUGUGGGUGGGGAUUUCUCCCAGGACGCGGCUCCUCACCAGAGAGGUGAUCACCCUUGUGAGGCCCAUUGACUUCUUCCCUCGACCCCCUCCUGUCCUGGCCUGCCCGCCGCCCACACUUGCCUGGCGUUGAGCGUCCCGCCAGAGCGCCAGGAGGCUGGUCGCAAGGGUAAGGGUGUGGCCGGGUGCCAGGAGGAGAAGGCCUAUAAACUGUGUGUGUGAGAGAGGUCCCAGUAGUGUGGUGCCGCUGGAGUAAGGAUGGUCUUGUGCGGCGCCAUGGACUGCUUCCUCCAGGCGACAAAAGAGUUUGUGGAGCAAGUGAAUGAACUGCGACGUUCUCGGAACGUGGGACCUCUGUCAUGGAACACUGCCGUCAAGUUUCUUAUGGCAAGGAAGUUUGAUGUAACUAGAGCUGUGAGUUUAUAUGAGCAACACGAAGCUACAAGACAUAGAGAAGGACUUGUAAACCUUAAUCCAUCCUGUGAUCCACUUCAGACAGAACUAGGAACAGGAAAAUUCACCAUUCUUCCGUGUCGUGAUGAAUCGGGUGCAGCCAUAGCUGUGUUUACUGCUCGGCUACACGACCCAAGAGCAACCACGCAACAGACCACACUCCAGGGAGUUGUUUACCAGUUGGAUGCUGCCCUUGAGUCCACAGAGACGCAGAGAUGUGGUCUGGUGUUUAUAUAUGAUAUGAGUGAAUCUGCAUAUCAAAAUUUUGACUAUCAGUUGUCGCAAAAGAUUCUUACAUUGCUAAAGGGUGGGUAUCCAGCACGUUUGAAGAAAGUAUUAAUAGUAACAGCACCGCUUUGGUUCAAGGCACCAUUCAAAGUACUUCGGCUCUUUGUUCGAGAAAAGCUAAGGGAUCGUGUGUACACGGUAUCGCUGCCGGAGCUUGUAAACCACAUACCAGGGAAGUGUUUGCCAAGAGAUCUGGGUGGAGAUCUCAGUGUUGAUCAUAGCGCUUGGCUCUUACGGUGCAGUACCUCCAUGACCAAUAGAGACCCAUCAGGCGUGUGUGAGCCUGCUCCACCCCUCACAUUCCAGUCUGGACACAUCUCUACAGUAGAUUCUGAUAAUAAUAGUUCCAACAUGGUACCAACCGGAGAUCAUGAUCCUACCAGUUCAGUGGAACAGCUGUGUGAAUUCAGUGAAGAUGAAGUCAGUUGUUGUGACAAGAGUUUCUCCCAUGACAGUAAUGAUGAGGAUGACCUGGAAGGGCAUGUCAGAGAGGAUGAUGGAAGACUGUCUGGUCUUAAUGGCACAGAGGAUGAAGACCUCACAAAAGAGGAAAAGCGGAAAGAUGGAGAAAAAGAUUUAAGUCCGUCUUUAAAAGGAGAGUGUUCUCCAGUGCCUGAAAUACAAGAUACUGCGCAUCUCAAUGGUCACGUCUUGCAUGAUACUGACCGAAUUAGUGGUAGAGGUUCUCCCCUUGCUCCCCCCAGCAGUGGAAGUAGUGGGUUCAGUGAUGAUGACAGUCUUCACUAUGAUGAUGGCCGGGGAUUUACUCUUGAGGAAUUUGUGCGCCAUCUUAGAGAUAAGGCACGGCAAGGACUUUAUCAUGACUAUACACAAAUAAAGAGUCGGCCUCCAGAUGGUACUUUUGAAAACUCAAGAAAAAGAUGGAAUCAAGUAAAAAACCGGUACACGGAUGUGCUAUGUUUCGACAAUUCUAGAGUGAUACUUUCAGCGGAAGAUGAAGAGUGUCAUACAGAUUAUAUUAAUGCAAACUAUGUUGAUGGUUAUAAACAAAAAAAUGCCUUCAUUUCUACUCAAGGUCCAUUACCUGGAACAUUUGGCGAUUUCUGGAGGAUGAUCUGGGAGCAACGAGUGUGUGUUAUUGUGAUGACUACCCGGGCCGUAGAGAGAGGGAGGACCAAGUGUGGGCAGUACUGGCCUGCUGAGCAAGAUGGAGUAGCAUCACAUUCUCACUUCACCAUUACCAAUACACAACUUUACCACUACCGGGAUUAUACAGUUAGCGCACUCACAAUGCGGGAUAACAGAUCUAAUGAGGAAAGAAAAGUAGAGCAUAUGCAGUUUACAUCAUGGCCAGACUAUGGUGUUCCAGACUCUGCUAUGGCUAUGCUAGAAUUUUUGACUCAUGUCCGGGAAUCACAGGCUCGCUUGACUUCUGCUCUAGGAAGUUCAUGGAUUGGACAUCCUUUGGGACCUCCAAUAGUCGUUCAUUGUUCUGCAGGCAUAGGAAGGACAGGUACGUUUUGCACCCUUGACAUCUGUAUUCGUCGCUUAGAGGAUGUUGGGACAAUUGAGGUAAAAGGAACUGUGGAAAAGAUAAGAUCCCAACGAGCAUACUCAAUUCAGAUGCCCGAUCAGUAUGUCUUUUGUCAUUUAGCACUGUUGGAGUAUGCCCUCCAUAAUGGAAAACUAGUAGAGGUUGAUCUCACAGGUUUUGAAGAUGAUGGGUCUGAAUCUGAUUGAAUUCUAUUAAUUAAAACUUGUGAAUGAUAGUGCAUUCUAAACUCUUUGUCUGAAGACAAAAAUAUUCAAUGUGGCAGAUUGCAUUGUGACAAUAACUGUGUAGUUAUGUUGAAAAUAACAUAACUUUUGUGUGGCAUUUUUGAAAUGACAAUAAAAAUUGUCUACACUGUUUAGCAAGUGAACAUUAAAAUACUGAAAAUGCUCUGGGCACUCAGUUUUGACUAAGAAAACUGCCUAUAAAAACUUGAGGCAAAGUCCUCAUAUAGCCAUUAGGUGCUGCCGAGUGCUUUUGUGUGAGUGAUCUUUAUUGUGAAACAUAUUUGAGUCUGAUAAGUGACCAAUGCACAGAAAAUGGAAAAAUUAUAUUUUUCAUAAGCCUUCUCUUUUCUUUGGGAAUAGUGCACAUAUCAGUUAAGAACUGUGUAAACAUGUAUGGUUCAAGGUUUCACACUGAAAUCCAAAGCACAUUGUUAUAUUUUGGCAAGUGUCUACAGUGUAUACAUAAUACUUAAAAGAUUUGACCUGAAACACACUACACAUUGGCCUUUAAAAGAUAUUGAAAAAUAAAUAUUAAGGGACUCAACAAUUAUUACCAUUCCAGUAGAGGUGUCGGUGUGUGUAUCUGGCCAGAGUAAGCUGUAGGAGGGCAGAGUGCAUGUCAAGUGUGCUGCACUGAGGUACAAAAUAGUGUUGGUGUCAGUCAUAAUGAAAUUUGUAGCUCAUUUCCAAAAUUAAAAUAAAGUGGAGCUUAUGAGAAAAGUACAUAUACAAGAAGUCUACAUUUUGUAUAAUAAUGGAACCACUCCAUGUAUUUAAAUGUGAUAAGGUCAACAUUUGGGUUUAAAAUGUAAGUUUUUUUUUUUACACUGAUUCAUUCAUUAAGUUUAUUUGUAUAAGGAAAGGAGAGAAGGUAAGUAGGCAUAAAUGCAGUGAAAUUUGUAUUUGUUAUACAUGAGUAAAACCACUUGCAUUAUUGCAGGUAUUUAAAUCUAUUGGAGGAUCGAUGAGUUAUUAAGUACACAAGGUAAAAUAACACAAAUAUCAACAUUUCUUAAUCUCUAAAUUGUCAGGUGAACAUGUGUGUAAACUAGAUAACAAUC